AUGACCGCCUUCAUCAUUGCCACUAUUCAUCUCAAUCUGUGCAUUGGAAUCCUCGGUUCUUUCUACAUGUCUCGUCGAGAUCUGUCAGACUUGAUUAACGACGUACUGGACUUCAAGGCCUGCGGUGAGUUCAUGCUGACCGAGGUAGGCCAUGGUCUAGAUGCACGCAACCUCGAGACAACCACGACGCUGUUGCCCAGUGGUUGUUUCGACCCGCGCAGUCCGAGCGAAGCAGUCUGGAAGGCGAUGCCUCCCUCAACUCCUCUGUGUGGCGUGCCGCGCGUGGCGGUAGUAUUUGCCCGUCUCAUCGUAGACGGUCACGACCACGGCGUGAAGCCUUUUGUUGUCAAACUCUGCGAUGCGCAGCCAAUGUGCCGAGGCAUUACGUCCCGCGUCUUGCCUGUUCGGCCGGGGACGAAGCCACCCGACCAUACCAUCACCAGUUUCGACCACGUACUUCUGCCAUCGACCGCUUUGCUAGGGUCCAAAUCCAAAGCAAGUGACACCCCACGCGACUUUCUGCGACAGAUAUGGAGAGUGUCCGUCGGAACGUUAUCACUCUCCAUCAUGGGAGUGUCGUCCAUCCGGGUGGGAAGCCGCAUCGCGCUCUCCUACAGCCAGCGGCAGCUUGUCACUGCGGUCUCCGACGCAGUCAAGACCCCAGUACUCCACUUCAGCACCCAGAGGCAGCCGAUUGUCAAGGGAUUCGCAAGCUACGCCGUCCUGCAGGCAUUUGCCAAGUGGACCAUUGAGCAGUUCUGCAAGAAAACUGCGAGAGGCAACGUUCGGCAGGCAUUGGCCACAGACUUCAAGGCAACACACCCAAAGUAUGCCUGUCUUCUUUUCCUUGCACUGGAACGGGUACUCGCAGUCUCUCCAACAAUCACCAAUAUCUACCUCCUUGCCGAGAGUUAUUCCUCUGGCUCCGAAAAUGUCUCUGCAGGCUUCACCUCUGGGGGCGCUGUUCAGGCAGAAUAUGUGACCGUCGUUUAG